UAUACCAAAUCAUAAUACGUAUUUAUUUAGAUUGAACUACGCUAAAAGCUACUUUAGAAAUAGGUUGAUAGAGUCGAAAUUCGUUUAGAUUAUGAUCUCUAUUGAAAAGACCCUACAGUGAGUUACUGGAAAAAGUGUUUUAGACACUUAAGAUAAGGUUGAUUUUCGUGUGCACUUAGAUUAUAAUAUGAAUUUCCUCCCCUCACUUAGAGGCGUGGUUCUCAUCGUCGGCUGGCACCGCACCCACGUCAGUACACAACCGACAUUCGGACGUUCCAAAUACAAGAACUCAAAAAUCGCGGAGUGCCAGUGCUAGUGCAGUGAUGGAAUCGGAAAUAAACAAAAUGCAAACGAAACUCCCUUCGAAGAACUUCUCGAUUGAAUCGAUUGUCGGCUUAAACGAUCGACGAUCGCCCGAAAUCGAUAUCGAGAACAGCAUUUCACAAGACUACUCUAAUACGAACGAACAUUCGGAGGACGAAGAGUUGAAAGUUAGGGAUGGGAAAAUGGGGUAUUACUUUCAGCAGAAUCGAGUCCCGAAUUUCCCGUUUUUCAUGUCUUAUGAUAAGAGGAUGGGAGGGUUCCAGAGUGAGCAGGGAGGGCAGCAGGAGGAGCUGAAGAGGGCCAGCCCCGGGAGUGUCAGGAGCGAGGUGGAUAGCGACGGCGUCGAUGAUAGACCGCACGAAUCCCUUAGCCCACAGUCUGAACAGAUGACAAACUCCAACCAGACAGCACCAGAUCCCAACAUCAGGAGAUACCGUACAGCAUUCACGAGAGAACAGCUUGCGAGGUUAGAGAAAGAGUUCAUGAAAGAGAAUUACGUGUCAAGACCGCGUCGAUGUGAGCUCGCCGCUCAGCUACAACUCCCUGAAUCUACUAUCAAGGUAUGGUUCCAAAACCGAAGGAUGAAGGACAAGAGACAGCGUAUCGCCGUCGCCUGGCCCUACGCGGCGGUCUACAGCGACCCAGCUUUCGCGGCGUCCAUCCUCCAAGCCGCGGCCUCCUCAGUAGGCCUCCCCUACGGCUACCCGUCCCCCGCCCUAAUCCCCCCCUUCCACAACCCCCAACUGCUACCCGCGGGCUACCCCUACCCCUAUCCGACCUACCCUCGCUACCCCUACAUCCCUCCCACGCCACCCUCCCCUGUCAAUGCCGAGGCGACGUCCCUUAGGCCUCCGUACUCAAAUUUCAACUUGAAUGUGGAUAAAUAA